AUGGCCGUCGUCCCAUCCACGCCCUCGGGCAUCGACAAGCCAGAGAAACAUGCUCACCCAACGACAGUCGAGCCCUGGCGAGAUGAAGAAUCGUCGCGCGAGGCCACAGUCGAAGAAGACGAGCACGCAAACAAGUUUACGUUUCGCCGCCUCAUGGCCUUUGUUGCCAUGGCAUUCUGCUGGACGAGCGGCCAAAUGCCGCCCUAUCUCUACGGUGGCAUCGCCCCCAUCGUCUACGGAGACAUUGGCGGCGUCGACCGAUGGGUUUGGUUCAUCACCGCCAACCUGAUUGCACUCGCCGCCGUGGCCCCCUUUGUCGGAGCGCUGUCCGACCUCCUCGGCCGCCGUUAUGUGGCCAUGCUGGGCAGCGCCUUCAUCAUCAUCGGCCAGAUUGUCUGCGUCACGGCCCACGAGAUGAACCCCUUUAUUGGUGAGUCGGUUACCCUCGAGCAGAAACCUUUUUUCCUUCUUUCAACUUACAUUGUCUCGUCCGCAGCCGGUAUGGCGCUCUCCGGCGUCGGCGCGGGCAUCUCCGAACUGAUAUCGAUUUCUGGAUUGGCCGAGAUUGCGCCCACCGCGCAACGCGGCGUCUACAUUGCGGCUCUCAUCAUGACGAUCCUGCCCUGGUGUCCCUCCGUCAUGUGGGGGCAGUUGAUUGCUGCCAAUGCCCACUGGCGCUACGUGGGCGUCAUGAUUAUCGCCUACACGGCCGUUGGCCUUGCCGUCGCCUUCUUCUUCUACAGCCCGCCUCCGCGGGUCAACUCGGCCUCUCUCUCCGGCAAGGAGACGGUGUCCCGGAUUGAUUUCGUUGGCGGCCUCACGUCCAUCACGGGCAUCAUCCUGCUCAUUGCCGGCAUUCUUUGGGGCGGAUACAUGUAUGCGUGGAAGAGCGCCCAUGUCCUCGCGCCAUUCAUCAUUGGCCUGGUCCUCAUCCUGUUCUUUGUUUACUGGGAGGGCUGGGUUGCAAAGUAUCCAAUGGUGCCGAGGCGCCUUGGUAAAGCCCCGCGGACGCUGGUCCUCAUCAUGCUCAUCGCCUUCAUCUCUGGCGCCAACUUCUUCUCCGUGCUGAUGCUGUGGCCAACCCAGGCCUACAAUGUGUAUGGCCACGAUCCUGUUGCCGUGGGCCUGCGUGGUCUGCCGUUUGGAUUCGGCGUCAUGGCAGGAUGCGUGAUUACGCUGGGACUCAUGACGUGGCUACGCGGCCGGGGCAUUCGAGUUCUCUUGCUUGUUGCGUCGUGCGUCAUGACGGCAGGAUGCGGUGCCAUGGCGGCCGCGAACCGUGACAACGAAAAGGCCGUCUAUGCCAUUCUUCUCGUCUCGGGUCUCGGCAAGCUCACGCCAGAGCUCAUCAAGCAAGUAUCGACCGCCAUGGUCCUUGGCGGCGUCAAGGAGCCGGAAGUGAUCAAGGCGGCCAUUGAGCUCACGUCCGCGUCUCUCACACAGGAAAUCCUUCACCUUCCAGGCGUUGACGGCAACGUGGAGCUCUGGCAGUCGAUUGUGCUAGCGGGCCAGAAUGCAUACGCCAUGGCGUAUCCGUGGGUAUAUUAUUGCAGCAUAGCCUUUGGAGGCGUGUCGAUUGUCGCCAGUGCUUUUGUUCAAGACAUUGCUCAAUUUAUGGAUGAGCAUGUGGCGGUUGUUAUUUGA